UUUAUCAAGCUGGUCCAGCUAGCAUUACGUUUUUGAUUUUUCAUGACAGAAGAAAUGUGCUAUCGACGGUGUACAGGAAGCAAAAGGAUAUACCUGUCUAUGCAGGCUGUUUUCAUCUGGCACUUCUUUGUUGCCAGCGCAUAUACUGACCAGUGGUAUGAACAGACGUUUGGGCUUGACUAUCACCGCAUGCCUGAGGAAACGAAGGAGCCUCAGCCAUCACGUGAAACCGUGUUUCAUCAUGUGAGUGAGGAUGGAGUUACCUACAACGAUGUUCGUUCCCGGAAUAUUGAGGAACAUGAAAAGCACCGGAAUAAGAGCUCCAGCUCGCUUUCUAGAAGAACUGAACGAACUACGCUUCAACUAAGAAAAAUUCAAGGAAACCAGGAAAUUACUGAAAUAAUUCAAUCCAGAGAAGAUUUGGAGAGAUUCACAAUAGAGGUUUACUUCCUAGCUGACAGUGAGAUAACAAAUCGUGUCAAAAGUCAAGGAAAAAGUAUUGAGGAUUAUGCGAAGGAAUUUGUUAAAAAGGUAAAUGAUAUUCUGCGCAAGCUUCAACCACCUGGUUCCAUCAUUCUCACCGGCAUCAAAACUACGGAUACGAAAAACGAACCAUACAUCAAGUUGUCACAUAACGGUCAACUCCACAGCUUGCAGACCCUACAAAGAGUACAGAGUUAUGUGAAGGAACAAAAGAUAAACAAGCAAGCUGAUGUGGUGCUUGUAGUUACUGGUUCAUUCUACAGCGCCAUCUAG